AUGGAGAUAAUUCCCGGUCUUCCCAACGACGUAGCUUUUGAAUGUCUUAUUCGGAUUUCGUUUGAUCAGUUUCCCAAGGCUGCAUCUGUGAGUAAAGCAUGGAACGCUGUGAUUAAGCAGCCGGAGUUUCACCGGCGCCGGAAAGUUUCGGGUCUAACCGGACCCGUCAUUGUCAUGGCUCAGCCAAUGGAUGGUUUAAUCAAAUCGAAUCUGCUACCGGUUUACCGGCUCACGCUAUUCGAGCCGGUGAAAAGGCGUUGGCGCAAUUUUCCGCCGGUACCGGAGAUGGUGGAAGGGAUGCCAUUGUUCUGUCAGGUUGUCGGGAUUGGGCCGGAGCUGCUGGUGAUCGGCGGGAUCAACCCGGUGACAUGUCGGGUUCAGAAUUCAGUUUUCAUCUACAACUUCUUAUCGGCCACGUGGAGGGGCGGCGCCGAUAUGCCCGGCAACAAGGAUCGCCGGUUUUUCGGGUGCGCGGCCUCGGAGGAGGAUGGGACAGUGGUGGUUGCCGGCGGAAACAACUGGUACAAUUCACUAAAAUCAACGUUGGCGUAUGACGUGGCAAGGGACACGUGGACGAAGUUGCCCGAUAUGUCAAUCGGGCGAAACAAUUGCGGGUGUGUGUUCCACCGUGGCAAGUUCCACGUCCUCGGUGGCUUUAACAUGGACACACAAGACGAUUCUAAACUACCUGUUGAAACACUCGACCUCGUCACCCGCCAAUGGCAGCUGGAACCAACCUUCUUGACUGGAAUCACUGAUGUGGUGUAA